AUGACUUUUGUAUAUGCACAGUCUGAGAAGUUUAGUGUUAGUUAUGACCAACACUUAAAAGUUUAUCAAUCAACGUUUUUACUUAAAGUUCAGAGUAAAUUUAAGCCAAGUAAAAGUAUAGUCAAAUUUUUAUCCUUUCUUUUGCAGGUUCUUCUCACAGGAAUCUUUGGAUACAUUGGUGCAAAAGAUGAUUCAACUCCUAACAGGUGUUUGAUUGGCACUUACAUGGGAUUUGCCAUCACAGUUUGUGUUCUAACUGUGUUCAUGUUCAUCACCUACUGUAUUGCUCUGGUUGACUAUUCUCAUAUAAGUAGCUGCAAGAGUUACCAUUACAGUUACUUCAAAGUCUAUUGUUACUCUGCAAGUAAGAGGCAUAUGGCUGCUGUUGGAACUGGGUUAGGCUCCUGCCUUCUAAUAUGCGCCGUCGUUCAGUUUAUGUUGUCUCUUACUGCAUCAAUGUACUGCUGUGGUGCUGUUUGUUGCAACACCCCAGGAGGAGUGAUGGUAACCAAUCAACAAGUGACAUACAUUCAGCCUGGGCGGCCUGCAUUUACAGGACCACAGGGAGGUAUGGUUAUCAUUCAGCCAACCGGUGGAGUUACAACUACAACACCAGCUUACCCAGCAGUAGCCCAGCCUCAAGUUUACGUUCAACAGCAAGUUCAUCCUGGGGUAACCAUCCAACAGCCUGGCUACUGGGCUGUUCCCCCUGGGUCCAACCCAGCUGGUACGGUGACUACGCUAGUUACUGAUGAGAGGCCGCCACCUUAUGCUGCAUAUAUGCAGACGAGCAAUCCUCCACCUUGAGGUGUUUCGCUUGAUGUUACCCCGUGUGGACUGGUUGAUAUUUGAGUCUAUGCGGUGAUGGGGCAUAAUUUAUUUUGAAAGUUUCUGUAAAUAGCCGACCAAGCAUUUAGUGUAGCCUUGUAAAGGACCAUUUCAUCUGUACUCGACAAAUGGGUUGUCUGGAAUUGUCGCUUUUGUAUAUAAAAAUAAUUUUCAUCUUG